UGCCCCACUAGACGUGGGUGGGGCUUAGCCUCUCACAACAAAUGAUGUCAUAAAAUCCAUAGGGUAAAAAUAAAAAGGCAAAAAAAGUAGAAAAAAAGAAUAAAAAUCUGCUGCCUUGAUGAAGCGAAUUGCAAGCAGAUAUUGAAGGAAUACAGGCUAGGGUAGAGUGAUAAAUAGGCUGGAUGUGUGUUGUGGGAGGGGCCCUUGUGAGUCUGUGCGAGUUUUUCUAUGAUUUUUUCACAUGUCUGGAGACGCCAAGUACAUCAGUCUCUACUACAGCCUUGUUCACCAGGGAGCCUCGGAUUUCUACAAGGAGAUCAUCAAAGUAUCACAAUGAGUUCCAGUUGGGAAAAAAAUCAAAAAUACUUUGCAAAAAGUUUAUUCUUAGCAAGCCACCGCUAUAUUUCAUCUGAUAAAGGUCCUGGUGGUAACAUGAGCUACCUUCCUCCAUGGGCACCAGCAACUGGAGGAGGUCCCUACCCCCCUCACAUGUUGCCUCCUCAUCAUUCUCCAACCUCAUCCCAACACACCCCAACUUCCCAAAAUUCUCAAAACUCAGCACAACCUUCUAACUCGGCUUCUGUAUAUCAAAAUCUUUCCCCAGUUGUAAAAACACCCACAACUACCAGUGCUCCGACAACUCCAAGCAGUGAUGCAUCAAAGACAAGCCACAUAUCCUCCCCAACUUCUGUAUCAUCCCCCAUCACAUCAGCUUCUAAUGCACAGUCUGCCUCCUCUGGGUCUAUCGGUCCCUCUUCAUCCUCCUCGUCAACAUCAUCCGUGGCUCUCGGUGCUUAUCAGCCUCAGGGCUUCCAACGAUCUGAAAGUCCUCCUUUGAAACGGCCUAUUUUACCAGAUGCAAUUAAAGGAGAGGUCCAUGCCCUCGACUCACCAACUGAAAUGAUUUUGGGAAUUCCGGGACCCAGCGCUCUGGAUUUUAAGGCUAGAAAGAUAUCUGGGAAAUACCCUCCUCCUGAACAGCUUGCAGGCCCCGUUAUGUAUUCAUAUCAGUCCAGAGGAAGGCCAAGGAAAAACUGGACAACAGCUACGGGUUUACCAACAAUGAUCCCAAUAACCCAUCCUCCCAUGAAUCACUCUGAUGAUGCAGAUGAUGAAGAAAGCAAGCCUUUCAAGUGCAAUUUGUGUGGAAAGUCAUUCAAGUUGAAAGGAGGGCUUGUGCAGCAUGAAAGAACGCACAGUAGUGAUCGACCCUAUGUGUGUCCAGACUGUGGAAAGUUAUUUCGGCAACCAACUCACCUUCAGCAGCACCUUCGUAUUCACACUGGAGAAAAACCUUACGAAUGUGCAUUUUGUGAUAAAACUUUUAGACAGAGAACAAUAUUAAAUCAGCACUUACGUAUUCACACCGGAGAAAAGCCGUAUGCAUGUAUGGAAUGUGGGAAACAAUUCCGGCAAAAAGCCAUCCUUGACCAGCACUUUAGAACCCAUUUGGGAGACAAGCCUUACGCAUGCCCGCAUCCUGAAUGUAGAAAACAUUUUAGAGAGAUGGCAACACUUAUUUCUCACAUGAAGUGCCAUAAAGAUGUGCCUGAUCCUAGAAUUGUUUUACAGCAAGCUAAGCGGCUUGUUAAAGAGGAACGCGAUGACCUGAUUCCCGGUAAUCUUAACUUGAAUAGGGAACAGCAUGGCGAGGGAAGUAGAGAAAUAGUACAAGAUAUAAUGGAGCAGAACAGAGGGAUGGGACUUGAAAGAGUAGGCCAAGACAGAAGACUAAGCAUGGAUAGUGUGACCCAGGAGAGAAAUAUGGUUCAAGACAGGGUCGGUCAAGAAAGAAAUGAACAGGAUCAAAGAAACAAUAGGUGUGGAGGAUCAGAACAAGGUAGAUACCAAGGCAGCCAGGAACAGAACAGACAAAACCAUCACUCUUUCCCAGGUCACAGCAGUUCAGAGGAGUCAUCUGCCCAGAAGUCUCCACACAAUGUGCCACAACACUCAUCAGGUGAUCAAUCAAAUGAGAGAGUUCCAUCCCAUUCACAGCCACAAAUAUCCCCGAACAUGGUCCCAACUCCACAAAUGGCAAUGGCCAACUUAAUUCCAUAUCCCCAUUCUAUUUUCCCAGCAACCUCAUAUAUGAUGCCUCCUCCAGACCCAAGACAAUACAAUCCACAUUCGCAGGCAGGUUCAUCUCACCCCCGGCCAAGCCAAUAGCUGCAUUUGUCAUAAGUCGUACAAAAAAAAAAAAAAGAAAAAGAAAAAAAAAUGUAUGUUAUGGCUUUGGUUGUACAGUACCUAAUCCCAGUGGUGUAGGUAACUAUUUUUUGUACAUUAAUGUAACCAAUAUUAGCGUGAAAGUAGAGCUAUGCAAUGAGUUAAAAAAAUUAUGUAAUUGCUAAGCAAAUUUUGACAAAUAAUUUCAUUAUUACUCCAAAACCUAAAAUUUGACAGUUAAGUCAUUGUGAGUCUAAUGCUAAAUCAAUAUUAUAUAUCUAGCUGAAUGAAAAUUGAAAAUUUUCAAGGUUAGCAGUUCCUAAAUCAAACAAAUUUUUCCCAAAAAAAUAUAUAAUUCAUCCCAGUGAGCAAAGGUUGAUCUCUAAGCAUUAAAUCUGUUAUUGUUAGUUAGGGGUGCUGUGUUAGUUUUUAGAUGUAGUUUUAUGAUGGUAUUUUAUUAUUUUUUUUAGCAUUUAUUUUCUUAUAAAACUAAUGUAAAUUGACUGUUUAAAUGCUUUUAAGAAUCCCAAUGUGUGUAGGUUUGUAGUCUUUCUUACAUGACAGCAAUUUAGAAUUAUUGAAAGUGCAAAAAAUCAUUUAUCCAAUGAAAAAGUAUUAAUAUACAGUAUAAGCUAU